ACUUCGAAGCGCUAGUGUAGGCAGUGUAGCCUGAAAUCAUAAUUUUGACUUUCUAUAUCUUGUAUUCGUAUGGUAUAUACAAUUCAUCCUAACAUUCCUAACGUAGUAACGUCUAACUUGCGGGCCCUUUCCCAGGUACAUGCUGUACAUAAAAGUAUUGUAGAAUUACGUUUCGUUUUAUAAAAUUCAGCGACCGAAAUGGGUUUAUGAGGUCUAGGUACAACGAUUCUUUUAAACUCACGAAUCUUGUUUUCGUUCAGCAAUUAUCAUAUUAACUAAACUAUUAUUAAAUAAAUUAGUAUAGAUCGUUGUGUACAUAAUUUGACAUAAAAACUAGAUUAAAAUAAGUUAUUUCGGUUUUUUUUUUUCAUCUAAAAUAUGUCUCAAAUAAAGACUGAUAAGACAAUAAUACGAUUUGAAGAAAAAUGGCCAGAAAUGAGACCCAUUGUAAUUAAACUAUUACAACAAGAACCAGUAACUCAAAAUGAAUGGCAAAAUUUAUUUUAUGCAGUUCACCUUGUAUGUCUAUGGGAUGAACAAGGACCAAUAAAAAUGAGACAAUUCCUAAAAACUGACAUUAUGGAAUUCAUAAAAAAAGCUCAACAAAGAGUUAUGGCCCAUCAAGAAGAUCAAGCUCUACUUAAAGCUUAUAUCACUGAGUGGAGAAAAUUUUUUACUCAGUGUAAUUAUCUUCCAACACCUUUUAGACAACUAGAAAAUUCUCUAACUGGAAAAUCAUCAAUUGGUUUAAAAAAAUGCAAUGCUGAUAAAGAUUCUGUUGUCCGAAAGUUGAUGUUAGACAGUUGGAAUCAAAGUAUUUUUAAUGAUAUAAAACAGCGACUUCAAGAUUCAGCAAUGAAACUUGUUUAUUUAGAGCGAAAUGGAGAGGCAUUCGACUCUCAAUUAGUUAUAGGAGUAAGAGAAUCAUAUGUAAAUCUAUGCUCAAAUUAUGAUGAUAAGCUUCAAAUAUACAGAGAUUAUUUUGAACGAGCAUACAUUGAAACUACAGAAGCAUUUUAUAAAGCAAAAGCUCCUGAAUAUUUAGAGCUCCAUGGUGUUCAAAAUUAUAUGCGAUACGCUGAUGUGAAACUUCGAGAAGAAGAAGCUCGUGCUCAAAAAUAUUUAGAAACUAAUAGUGGUUCUGUCCAAAUGUUGACAGAUUGUUGUGUGCUGGUGUUGGUUUCUAAUUUCCGCCAUACUAUUUUAGCUGAAUGUACGGAUAUGAUUAAAAGRAAUGAUACUGAAAAAUUAACACUUUUAUUUAAACUAAUGGACCGAGUACCUGAUGGAAUUUUAAAGAUGUUAAAAGAUUUAGAAGAUUAUAUUGUAAGUGCAGGCUUAGCAGACAUGAUGGCAUCUGCAGAUAUCAUAACUCAGGAUUCCGAAAAGUAUGUGGAACAACUUCUUCUAUUGUUUCAUAAAUUUAGUAAUUUAGUACAAGAAGSAUUUAAUGAYGACCCAAGGUUUUUAACUGCAAGAGAUAAAGCAUACAAACAAGUAGUUAAUGAUACUACUGUAUUUCGAUUAGAAUUACCUACAAAACAAAAUUCUGCAGUUAAGUGUCAGCCUGAAUCAAAAUGUCCAGAAUUAUUAGCAAAUUAUUGUGAUAUGUUAUUAAGAAAAACCCCUUUAAGCAAGAGAUUAACUGCUGAUGAGAUUGAAAGUAAAUUGAAAGAUGUGCUACUUGUGUUGAAAUAUGUUCAAAAUAAAGAUGUAUUUAUGAGGUUUCACAAAGCACAUUUAACUCGUAGAUUAAUAUUAGAUACUUCAGCUGAUUCUGAAAAAGAAGAAAACAUGGUUGAAUGGCUAAGGGAAGUUGGUAUGCCCGCAGAUUAUGUAAAUAAGCUAGCUAGAAUGUUCCAAGAUAUUAAAGUUAGUGAAGACUUAAAUCAACAAUUUAAAGAAACUUACAGAAAUCUUAAAGGAAGCAUUGCAGAAAAACAUAGUGGUCGUAAAUUACAGUGGUAUCAUCACAUGUCUAAUGGCACAAUAACAUUUUUAAAUGAAAUUGGUCGGUUUGACAUUGAUGUUACAACAUUCCAAAUGGCAGUAUUAUUUGCGUGGAAUCAAAGACCAAAAGAUAAAAUAUCUUAUGAAAACCUUAGAUUGGCUACAGAGUUGCCUGAUCCUGAAUUACGACGGACAUUAUGGUCACUAGUUAAUUUCCCUAAAUUAAAAAAACAAGUGGUGUUAGUAGUGCCAGAAGUACCAUCUCCAAAAGAGUUCAACGAGAAUACAAUAUUUUGGAUWAAUGAACAGUUCUCUAUAGUUAAAAAUGGUAAAAUUCAAAAAAGAGGGAAAAUAAAUUUGAUCGGAAGACUACAACUAUCUACUGAACGCAGUAAAGAAGAAGAUAAUGAGUGUAUCGUUCAAUUACGAAUAUUAAGAGUCCAAGAAGCGAUUAUUAAAAUAUUAAAAAUGCGAAAACAAAUAUCGAAUUGGAAUCUUCAGACAGAAUUAGUUGAUAUUUUAAAAAAUAUGUUUUUACCAAGUAAAAAAAUGAUCAAAGAACAAGUUGAAUGGUUAAUUGAACAUAAAUAUAUGAAACGAGAUGAAGAUGAUAUUAAUUUGUUUGUUUACAUUGCAUAAUUGCCAACCUUUAGUACCAUAUCUGUGAUACUACAUAAAGCUUUUGUGUAAACAAAUUUACAUACCAGUUAAUGUUUGUUUUCAUAAUUUAUUUAUUUAUUAUUAUUAUUUUUUUUUACCAAAGAUGUUGGAUGUAAAUAUUUAUGUA